AUGCCUCGAGGAUUCUUGGUGAAGAGGAACCGACGAUGUUCGGCGUCGUAUCGAGCGCGAAAAAGCAACAAAGUUGCCAAGUGUGACGAUGACAAGAACCACCAGGCAGAAGCUGAGCUGUGCGAGCCCGAACCCGUGAAGGAGAACCACGUGUGGGGCGUCCCGAGUCCCGACGUCGCGCCCCCGCCGGCGCCCCGCGAGGACUCCACGGGAGUCACUGAAGUGUGGAACCUACACGUGGAGUCUGCGCUGGAGGCGGAGUCGGACCGACGCGCGCAAUUGCCGGACUCCGAAGUGGACGUUGUGUCUCCCGUGGGAGACUUCUCGUGCUUCUUCCCACCUCCGCCUCCAUUCAUUGAAACCCGGAGCGCUAGACCUCUGGCGCCGCACGGCGAGGGAGAAAAGGCGGCGUUGUUUCCAGUGACAUGCCCGUCCUCAGCCCCGGAGACUGACUUGCCGUUUUUGGUGAGUUCAACGCCGAGCACGCACUUUUCCCCUUACGGUCCCACUACGAACGACAUGGCACGCCUGUUAAUGAACCCCCAGCCGCAGUCGCGUUUGGGAAAACGUUCAUUCCCGGAGCCGAACAGAGCCAGAGCCAGAGCCAAAGCCAAAGUGAACCGCAAACUUACCUUCGAGGACGAAGUCACCACAUCUCCGGUUUUAGGUCUGCGCAUCAAGAAGGAGAGCCCGGAAGAAGCAGGAGCAGGAGCGGGAGCAGGAGCAGGAGCGGGAGCGGGAGCAGGAGCAGGAGCAGGAGCGAGGCGACACCACCGCGACAUGUCAUCCGGAAGUCAGCCGCUGGGGGAGUUCAUCUGCCAGCUUUGCAAGGAGGUGUACGCCGACCCUCUGUCCCUCGCGCAGCACAAGUGCUCCCGCAUCGUGCGCGUAGAGUACCGCUGCCCCGAGUGCGACAAAGUGUUCAGCUGUCCCGCUAACCUCGCUUCGCACCGCCGCUGGCACAAGCCGCGUCCACCGGCGGUCGUCAAUCCAGGCCGAGGGCAGACAGCAGCAGCGGCGGCGGCGGCGGCGGCCAAUAAACCCGAGGCGGACGGGAAGGAGAACGAGUUGUUGUGCGGCAAUCAGCACCAGGCGCUGCGGGACAGUUCCGCCCCCGACUCCUCUUCAGCUGUUUACCCGCACGAUAGCCCCCCUCCGAGCCUGCUUGUGUUCAGCGGAAGCUCGUACGAGCCGCUAGCGUUUGUCCGAGAAGAAGAAGAGGAGGAAGAGGAGGAGGAGGAGGACGCGGCGGAGAUGUUCGAUUGUUGCUACUGCGGCAAAAAGUUCCGUCGGCAUGCUUACCUGAAAAAGCACAUGGCAGCGCACGAGAUGGCAGCCGGGCCGUCGCCGCCCGCUCCGAGCCGCCAGGUCGUGUUCGCGUGUCACCUGUGCGGCGCGCGCUUCCCGACGGCCGACAUUCGCGACAAGCAUCGCCUAUGGCACGCAGUGAGAGACGAGCUCCUGCAGGCGAGCGGAGGAGCCCGCGGCUUCGGGCCGGAGGGAUACGGCGAGCAGCAGCUCUUCGCCUGCAAACACUGUCCCGCCACCUUCCUCGGCUCUCCGGGCCUGACCAGGCACAUGAACAAGUGCCAUCCCGGAGACAGCAUGCACGUCAUCAUGCACAUGGCCGUCAGACACGGCGGAGAAGUCCGACUUUCUCACCCGUGACCGACCGGAGGUAGCUGCAGCGAAGAGGAACGCAACGCAAUGGAACGGGCCAGGCCAGGGCAGGCCAGGCCAGGGCAGGGCAUUGUCGACACUCCGUUAGGCCCGUCCGUGACUGACAGUGACAGGAGCUCGGAAAAAUACGAUUGUAGUUCUGCUCGGUGGGAAGCCGAAUUUGCACCGCAGUCAAAACGCUUUCUAUCGUAACCUAUAAGGCAGCAUUCAAACAGCUGGCGAAAUAUUUACAUAAAAAAAAAAAAACACGUCCAGACCAAGAAUAUAAAAGAGGUGAAUUAAAAAGAUGAAAUACGGCGCUUUACAAUUGCUGGUUGCAGUAUUUUGCCCCAGUCAUGCAGCUAAGCUUACCGAUUGAAACAGCUCCGUUAGAUACAGUGCCCCAAAAUUAAUUAAUUAAUUAAUUAAUUAAUUAAUUAAUGUUAAUCGAACACUGAUGGAUACGGCCAUUACACCAUCCAAAAGAAGCAAAUCAAAUAAAAAGACUCAACGCACGUGCACACGUACGAGAGGAGCAGUGAACUAUCCGCGGUGCUGAAUAGAAUUCUAAAUGACACAUGCAUUACAUUUUUGGUUAAGUUUUCUUACAAAGUAAAAACAUUUUUUGGGGAUGAAAUGAAUAAUCCUAUUUGCCAUCGUUUGCCUUUCAUAUUAAAUGUGCCAAUUGACAAUAUUUUCAUACAGAAAUGGAAACCAAUAUUGUAAAAUAUCUCGAUGGGGUACGAAGUGCUGCCGCAAACGUUUUUGAUGCGUUGUAUGUGAUUGAAUCCAGUGCG